UAUUGCUUGGCUUAAUGUGAGAAAGAUCUAUGCUCGUGGUUUGUUUAUGUUUUGAGCGUGAGGCUAUUUACAGAAAUUCUCAUAAUUUAUCGGUCCCGACACUGCUUCGUGACGACAACAAUGUUGGAGAGAAUGAGCGACUUUGAACGGUCUCCCACAAUUAGCUACGUGGCGUCUGUUCUGUUAAUUUAUUUUGAGUAAAAGUUUAAUUUUUGUUUUGGUUUUCUCCGCUAACGGCUGGGAGACUGUGUGUAUUGUAAACAGAAAUGACGAGAAAAGAAAAAACACAGUUAAAAUAUGCUUUUUAAAUAGACCCACUAUCGGGUUAUCGGUUGAAAUAAUAACAAGUUGGGAGUUUCAUGAUCGUGACGCAUUUGAUUAUGUGGUAUAGCAAUCGUAUUAGAAUCAGUAGUUGGUGUUCGUUUGAACUAGAGUUGCAAUAAUAAGAGAGGCUAACGAAGAAUUCGCAGCUUAACUUAAGCACCUUCCAAUUGUGUUGUGGAAAUCAUCAAAACUAAUUGGAAAGCCAUAACAGUUAUCCGGUCGUCUCAGAAUAUCAAUCGAAGAGAAACAAUCCUUCAAUUGAUUCUCCUAAGUAUUGCCGAACAAACUUGAAAAUUUGUUCCGGCAAAAGGAUUUUGGGACGAAUUUAGAUCGGAUAUUGUGUUGGAAUCUGAAAACAACCAAUCAACAGCGAUAAAUACGAAAAGGAAGAAAACCUUUGGUGAUUGGUGUCUACGUUAUAAAUUAAUCGCGAUUAUAUACUGUGUUUAAAUAGUUGUUGACAUGAAUGUAUUAAACAAUAACAGUGAUGAUGUGGUUGAAUGUCCACUGUGCAUGGAACCCUUAGAAGCUGACGAUCUUAAUUUCUAUCCAUGCACUUGUGGCUAUCAGAUUUGUCGGUUCUGCUGGCACAGAAUUCGUACUGACGAAAAUGAAUUGUGUCCCGCGUGUCGUAAGGCAUAUCCAGAAAAUCCAGCGGAUUUUACACCUCUAUCGCAAGAACAGAUAGCAGCCUUGAAAGCGGAAAAAAGGCAGCGUGACCAACAACGAAAGCAAAAAAUUACCGAAAACCGGAAGCAUUUGGCAAACGUUCGUGUUGUCCAGAAGAAUCUUGUUUUUGUAGUAGGUCUGCCGCCAAGACUGGCAGAUGCAGAUAUUCUAAAAAAACAUGAGUAUUUUGGAAAAUACGGCAAAAUACAUAAAGUUGUGAUAAACCCUAGUACUGCGUAUGCUGGGCAACAGGGUCCUUCAGCGUCAGCGUAUGUCACAUACGUACACAACAACGACGCAUUACGCGCAAUACAAAGUGUUAACAAUAUCGCUAUAGACGGUCGACUGAUAAAAACUAGUUUAGGUACAACUAAGUAUUGUAGCCACUUCAUGAAAAAUCAGCAGUGUCCAAAAAGUGACUGUAUGUAUUUACAUGAAUUGGGCGACCCCGAAGCUAGUUUUACAAAAGAUGAAAUGCAUCAGGGCAAACAUCAAGAGUAUGAAAAACGAUUGCAUGAAGCGCUGAUAGCAUCGUCGAACGGUAGUGUAACUACAAAUAGUAAAAGUGGUGAUAAUAAAUUAGGUAAUGGUACAGGGACUGUACCGAGUAAGGAAGCGUGGCCCAGUCUUUCGGUAUCGCCGGUCAAUACAAAAGAACAGCCAACAAAAAGUAAUGGUAAAGGUAAUAAGGAAGGUAAUAGAAAACAUGACAAAACGAGAGGUGAUAAAAAAGGUCAAAAGAACCAAAAAGGUCGGAACGAUAGCUCGAAUAACAACAGUAGUAGCAAUCACAACAAGGCAGAACACAAUAAUAACAUAACAAAUGGUGUGACAACAACAUCUACAAAUCAUCACCAUCAACAAAAUGGUACAACAAAAGACACAAGUAGUCAGAGUCAAACGACAAAUGACACGGGAACAAGAGCAACAACACCAGGAUCGACAUCUACGACAUCAUCAAAUGAUAAACAGCCGACGAAACAGCAACAGCAGCAACAACAACAGCAACAGCAUCAACAACAUCCAGCAGCGAAUCAUAUAAGUGCCGAUGACGAGGUGAAUCUUAUUGAUGAUCUCGACAAGGACACUUCUAGCGAGGAUAAUGAUGCGAAAAAUGGUGAUACAAGAUCGUUAAGUAGUUCAUCGAGCAACAGCUGUAAUAGUGGUGAGAGUGGUUCAACGCUUAGUGAAAGUACAAGUGGCAAAAGUUCACCGGGCAGUUUCCCAGAUCAUCCACUAGCUGCUACGCCUGAAAGUCAAAAAACGACCACAUCGUCAUCGUCGUCAUCCUCCUCGAUGACAGAUACGCAAGGAGAUUUAAGUUCAGAUAGUUCAAUAACACAACAACAGCAGAUACCCAACAGUUCAGCAGAUACAAAUUCGUCUAACACAACAAAUAGCAGUAAGAGUGAAAUGAGUAAUAUUACGUCGAUAGUUACUCAAUCUAGUGAUGAAUCUACCCUAAUUGAUACUUCAGCAUGCCUAUCGAAAUUAAGUUUAUUCGAUGAUAACAAUAGUUUCUUCUCACCAUCAUUCGAUCAAUUCUUCAAAGAGAAAUUAGAUAACGAUAAUCGCACAGUUAUCAAUAAUCAGAUAAACAACGCCAUCACAUCACAACUACCCGAUCUACUUAGCGGUAUCGACGGUUAUCAAAAUCAAAACACAUCAUCAUCGAUUCUAAACGGUUUGAGUGGGAUUGGCGGAGGCCUGUGUGGUCUGGGAGGUCUUAACCCAUCGACCGGAGCAAAUACCACGGUCUCAUCAAACAAUAGCUUUAUUGAUAGUCCUGACAAAUUUAUCUUGUCAACGCUCAAUUCCGCGGAGGAAUGGGAACAGGCUUUGAAAAUUCUAAUGAUGCGUAGUACUAAGCCAAUGGAAGAGCAACAGCAUCAACAACAGGAGGAAUAUCUACGAUUGCAAGAAUUGCAAAAACGAAAUCUAAUGAAUACGAUCGGAAUGAAUCCACCUCAUUUACACGAUUUCAAUGGCGAUUUUCUUCAUAACGGUACAGAUAUGAACAGACUAUCACAGUCACAUUUAUAUCAACAACAGCAGCAGCAGCAACAACAACAACACAGACAGCCCAACAAUUUACAUGCAGAUCAUAACAGUAUAUUUGGUACAAAUAUGUCGAAAUUCUUCGAUUUCCAUAAGAAUCAACAGCAACAGCAAAUGCAGCAUCAGCAUUUGUUAAUGAACGGAUACGCUAUGCUCAACGACCAUCGUGACCAUUUAAGUAUGGCAGCAUUGCUAGAGAAUAGGAUGAAUUCACAGCAUAUGGAGCACACCAAUGGCCUUAUCGGACAACAAUUACAAAAACAGAGAAUAUUUAAUAAAUUCGAUCAAAUUGGGUCGCAUAAUAGUAGCAAUAUGCUAAUGAAUCCGAAUAAUAAUCCACAACAACAACAGAAUCGUAUUCACAAUCAAUAUCCGCAAAAUGCACCUGUCGAUGAUGAUUUAGGUUUCGAUCCAUUCUUCGAGACACAAAAAGCAUUGGCCGAAAUAAUGGAAAACGAACAAUCGCAAAAUAAUCACAAUAAGCAUCUUUUAGAGAGCUGUCAACGAACUCGUAUGCCACCACCAGGUUUUAAUCAUAUGAAUGCCUUCGGUUUCGGUGUGCCACGACCACAAGGCAGCAAAAUUUUACCGUUCAUGAAUAAUGCGCAACAACAGAUGCCGCAACAAAAUAAUUGGCCACAUCAUAUGGGAAGUUUUCCACAAUCACAGCCGCCACAACAGCAACAGCAACAAGGCAAUGAACAACAGAUGCAUAUGGGGCAGCCAAAUCAAAAUCAUAACAAAGCAGGAUAUGGCAACAUGUCUGAUUGGACAGCUAUGGAUCCAGCUAUUUUGUCAUUCCGUCAAUUUCCAUCGUACCCGUCUCAUCAGCAACACGAUAUGUUCAUGCAUUUGAAUCCACAAUCGGGGCAAGGUUUCGGACACCAUGGACAACAAAUGCAAAAUAACAUGAUGAAUCAACAACAGCAACAGCAGCAGCAGCAGCAACAACAACAGAAUUCAGCACCACAGGUGAACUAUUCCCACUCAAAUUGGUUCAAUAAUUCAAACGAACAGAGCAUGUUCAUGAAUAGUUUAGGGAAUGGAUACACAAGUAAUUACGAAAAAUUCUCAUUGCCGCCUGGUAUUCAUAUCAAUAACAUGAACAAUUGCAUUUCAGGAAAUAAACAGCAAAAAACUGAAUGUAUUAAUUGAUUAUCAUUGAUUGAAAUUCAUUGAUUUUUAAUUGGAAUGAAUAACGUAGAGAAGAGAGAAAGAUCUCGGUUUUUUGGUCUGAUAUGUGUUGCUCUCGAUUGUUCACAGUUAUUAUUACUGUCAUAUUAUUGAAUUCUGAUAUACUUAUAUUAUUAUGAUAUUUUUAUUAAUUUUUUUUCUCUUCCUAAUUUUCUUUUUCUCUCGCUGUGAGCUUGUAUACAAAAAAGCAAUCAAUUAUUUGCCCGUGAUUAGUUUUUCUUACGUCUUGUAUGUUGAAAUCUCACACAAAUUGUGUUAUUGGUACGAUGAGUACGUUUAGAAUGAACGAAAAAAGAAAAUUAUGUUGCAAUAAAGCGAGACGAUCACAUUAUA